AUGUCUCGCGUCCUGCGUAUUCACAACAUCGCAGAGAUUGUGGAUACGGACUCGCUGCGGCUGACCAACAUCAAAGGCCUGACCCUCACUCUCGAGUCAUUGGCAUCAUCGCCUCCCCAGGACGCUGAAACUCAACAGCGCUUGUAUAAUGCAACGCAGAAGGUCAACUUGGCGGUGGAAGCUCCCUUGGACACGAUCUACAGGGUGAUAUACUCGCCCAUGCUUCUGAGCAGCGCCCAGACCGCGACAUACAUGAAAAUAUUCAGCACACUGGCUGAGAAAAGCGAACCAUGUACAGUUGCUGAGCUAGCCAAACCCACGAAUGCCGACAUUGUCUUCACCGAGGUAUCGGAAGACACAUUUGAAGCCAACAGGCUCACCAAGACUUUGAGCGUCAAUGGCUAUCGCGCAGGGAUGAACCAGACAUAUCACAUAAUUGCCCCCGCCGUCAUCAAAGCUCCCGAGUUCUUCAAAGACACCAGCUUCCAAAAUCCAGACAACGUCGUCAAGACGCCAUUCCAGAUCGCCAACAACACGGACCGUCCCGCGUUCGAGUGGGCGCACCAGCACCGCCCCGACCUCAUCGCUGACUUCGGUCUGUGGAUGACGGCACUGCGCGGCCGAAACACCUGGCUGGAUGCGCUCGAUUUUGAGAACCUCAUAAAGAGCAACGGCAACGGCGCCUUCAUAAAUGCAAAGACGCCCGUUUUUGUCGACGUGGGUGGUGGUAUUGGCAGCCAGUGUGCGCUCUUCAAAAGCAGGUUGUCCCACAUACCAGGACGGGUGAUCUUGCAGGACCUCCCAGUCGUUAUCCAGCAUGCGCUCCCCACCGAGGGCGUGGAGAAUACGGCUCAUGACUUUUGGGGCCAGCAACCGAUUAAAGGAGCAAGUGCAUAUUAUCUGCGGACUGUCCUCCACGACUAUCCCGAUGAGAAAUGUCUGACCAUCUUGAAGAACGUAAUUGCAGCUAUGGGCCCGAAUUCUUUCAUCCUUAUCGACGACAUCAUCAUUCCUGAUAAGGGAGCACACCCGCGUACGACCGAGAUGGACUAUAUCAUGAUGACAACCCUCGCUGCCAUGGAGAGGACUCGGAAGCAGUGGGAUGAUCUUUUGUCUGCAGCUGGCUUGGAGGUUGUUCAAAGAGUGACAUACCUGGAGGACACGGCGGAAAGCAUUCAAGUCGUUGUACCGAAAGGUCGUAAAGAGACGUGA